AUGUACCUGUCUUACUACCCUAUUGGUACUGCUGGCCACCGGGCUUCGUCUCUGUUUAGUUACGCGCCUUAUGCCAGCUACGGCAAUGCCCCUUACGUGCAAAACAGCGCUAUGGCAAACUCGCUUGCUCCUCCUUUCCACAAGCCUUCCGUUUACAGCCGGCCACAGGCGCCUGUGCCUCAGCCGGCCCCUGAACAGGUGAAUGGUGGGAUCAAUGCUGUUCUCGAGUACGACACGCAAAACAUGUCUGCUUUCCUUUGCUGGUGUGCUUUUGGCAUGUUAGGCCAGACGAGAAACCCAUCCAAGGAGUUUGAGAAUGUGGUUGUGUCGAUUUUGCACGCCACGCGUUUGCCCAAGUCUACUCUUAUCAUUGCGUUGGAGUACUUGAAUCAGCGGUUUUCCAACAGCCCCAGCGGGCCCAUGUCCGAGCUGGACAUUUUCUUGAAGGUUGUCAUUGCGUUGGUAUUGGCCAACAAGUUCAACGACGACAAUACCUUCACCAACAGAUCGUGGUCUGGUGCCACGGGCUUGAAAAUCGAGCAAAUUAACGCCGAAGAGCGUCUGUGGUUGCAGGCGGUCAGCUGGCAGUUGAAUGUUGUUCACUUCCAGCCCAACAUCCACACCUUGGAAGAAUGCUGGAGAACGUGGAUGGAGAAAUUUGCGUGCGCUCCUGUGUCGCCUCCUGUCUCCACACCUCCAAGCUAUUCUGCUUCCGUUUCGCCUUCCCAGGCUUAUAACUAUUCGUCUGUGCCCUCGUCGCCCGCUUACGAUGUGGCCAACGAAUCUUCACCAAUCAACUUUACUUAUGACUGGUCUGCGCCCCGCAAUUACAUGGCGCAACCGAUCCAAUACAAUGUGCGUGCAAACCCAUAUGUGCCUGUCCAACAGUCCAUCUGGUCGUACACGCCGAACCAGUAUCAAUACGUGCCCCAGGUUAGCGAGCAGAACUACUAUGGAUAUGCCAAUCCGUACUACAACUGCAGUGUGGCCACGUGUUGA